GAUUCGCGGCGAACGAUCAGCUCCUGACCGCUCGAGGUAUGUAAAUACGAAGAGGAAGAGCGCGAAUCAUUGCAGCUGUAAUGAGUGGAUCUUAAUCAUUUCUGGUCGGGCAAUUACUCUCACGUAAGUCCGUAGACGCACCUUCUUGUCGCGCGCUCACCGCGUAACCAGCUCCAGUUUUCCGCCUAAGUGCUCCCAUCCCAGUUCCUAAACACCAAUUCCAAGUGUUUCCUGUGCUUGUGGACUUCUGACCGGCCAAAAUUUUGGGUCUCCUCGAUUCUCGUCAGUUUUCGCUCUUGACAUAGUGUGCAAUUGUGUUGAUUUGUUCCGGUUUCACGUGUUAUUAUCGACGUCAGGCGUUUCGGCCGGAAAAAAUUUGAAUUUGAAGGAAAUUUUAUUUGGAUUUUUUGAAGUUUGUUGAAGGAAAUUUUAAAGGAAAACCAACCACUCUCUCAAUCUGAUACGAUUCAUCUUACUUCGGUGAGGCGAGUCCUCUUCUUGAGAAGCUGAACGGGUGGGUCAUGCAAUGAUUGAUCGAUCAUGAGUUCAGUAAUGCAGGCUAAUUGUAAAGAUCACCCGAAAAUGAAGAUUUUGGAACAAUUUGGGGAGGUGUUUUGGAGUCCCUCAUUUUGGCUCCCACCGAACUCGACCUGGGAAGAAUUCGAGCAUUUUGAGAACAAAGAUGGUCAUCGAAUCCCUGAUAUUCAGGAUUUAUUCUUCGCAUGGAAAUUUAUCCCUGUCAUACUUUUGAUAAAAUAUUUAAUAGAAAAACGUGUUGGUGUGAAGGUUGCAGAAUGGGCCGGGAUAAAGCAAAGGCGGCGUGAGAGACCUCCGAUCAUUGAUAUCCUUGAGAAGGCGCACCACGCUAAACCCUGCGGAAUAUGGAGGGAACGUGAACUUUACGCCCUCAGCAAACAGCUUGAUUGGCCAAAAGAGGAUGUUGAAAAGUGGAUCAGGGCUAGGAGAAGAUUCGCCGCCCCCACCACCGUAGAGAAGUUUUGCGAAAGUUCCUGGCGCUUUAUAUUUUUCAUCUGUAUGUUUACUUAUGGCCUCUACGCUCACUGGUCCAAAGAAUGGUUUUGGGACUUCAAACUUUGUUGGAAGAAUUUUCCCCAGCCGGUGACAGAGGACUUGUAUUGGUACUUUAUCAUCUCACUAACAAAUUACUCAUCGUGGAGUAUUUCACAUUUCUGGGACGUUCAGAGAAAAGACCCAAAAAUCAUGAUGUUUCAUCACUUCGUCACGUUGACUCUUUUGACGGCUCAGUGGGUCACAGGCUUUCACAGAGUUGGACUACUUAUCUGCCUGCUUCAUGAUGUCGGCGAUUUUUGGUUAGAGUUGUCGAAGUGUUUGAAGUACCUGGGCUUGGUGAGAACUUGUCAAGUUAUGUUUGUCCUUUUUGCUGUCAUGUGGAUCAUCACUCGAAACAUCAUUUUUCCGUUUUACCUCAUCCCAUGUACCUAUUAUCAUUCGCCUCACAACGUCUCCACGUCGUUUCCUUUCUCGUGUUUAUACGGGCCCUGCGAUAUCAGCUCGUUCAAUUUUACCUCUACCCACGCUCUCAUUGUGGUGGCUGUGAGCCUGAGUCUUCUCCAUGUGUAUUGGACGUGCCUCAUCUUCAAGGUUCUCUACCUGGCUAUUUUCGUUGGAAAAUUGGAGGAUGACACUGUCUCAGCCAGCGAUGAGAGUGAUGAUGACGAUCGCAACUAAUCUGCUUUGUUCUGAUAUCGAUUAUCGAUACUUCCCCAUUAGAUGCUAUGGUAAAGAAUCGAUUAUCUAGGUGUUGGUUGCGAACACCCUGUUGAUCGAUCCUUUUCCAUAGGUUUAAAUGGCAGAUCAACCGAUUUAUCGCAAAGCACGCCACGUCACUGCGAUUGAAUUAGCUUGCGGAAAAGUGCGGCCACGCUUACGAGAUGGGCAGCACCCAUCCAGUGUUGAAUUUUUGAAAUAUCGAAAUAAUUCUCUAGUCAACACAGUAAUGUUCCUGUGUAAUUCGAAGGAUGAAUACAUAAUUUGAGCCAUA